UCGUUCAUAAUAAAAGAAAAUAAAAGAAAAGAGAGAGAAAAGCAAUGGAGAAUUGAAGAAAACCUAGAUUUGGUCAGGUCCUCCAUUCGUCUUGCUCAGAAGACAGAGACAGAGAUGGAUAUCCUUAACAAGUUAAAGAAUUUAGAUGCGUAUCCGAAGAUCAACGAGGAUUUCUACAACAGAACUCUCUCGGGAGGUCUCAUUACCCUCUUCUCUUCCAUUGCUAUGUUCUUUCUCUUCUUUUCGGAGCUUAGAUUGUAUCUUAAUGCCGUCACCGAGACUGGACUUGUUGUAGAUACUUCGAGAGGAGAAACUCUACGAAUUAACUUUGAUGUGACUUUUCCGUCGCUUGCAUGUUCUCUUCUUAGCAUUGACGCCAUGGAUAUCAGUGGAGAGCAGCACUACGACAUAAGACAUGAUAUAAUAAAGAAAAGGAUUGAUCAUCUUGGUAAUGUGAUUGAAUCAAAAUCAGAUGGAAUUGGUGCACCAAAGAUUGAAAAGCCUUUACAAAGGCAUGGAGGAAGGCUUGAUCACAAUGAAACUUACUGUGGCUCUUGCUUUGGAGCAGAAGCGUCAGAUACCGACUGCUGUAACUCAUGCGAAGAGGUUCGUGAAGCAUAUCAAAAAAAAGGAUGGGCAAUGACCAACCCUGAUUUGAUUGAUCAGUGCAAGAGAGAGGGUUAUAUUCAAAAAGUUAAGGAGGAAGAUGGUGAAGGAUGCAAUAUGCAUGGAUUCCUGGAAGUGAAUAAGGUAGCUGGCAGUUUCCAUUUUGCCCCUGGGAAAAGCUUUCACCAAUCAGGCAUUUCUCUGUUCGAUUUGCUCGCAUCAUUUCAAACAGAAAGUUAUAAUAUAAGCCACAAAAUAAACCAUUUAUCUUUCGGUGAAGAGUUUCCAGGCGCUUUCAAUCCACUUGAUGGGGCACAGUGGAAACAACCAACUGCUGGGGUGUAUCAAUAUUUCAUUAAGGUCGUACCAACAAUCUAUACAAACAUACGAGGUCGCAAAAUUAAUACAAACCAGUUUUCUGUAACUGAGCAUUUUAGGCCUACAAGUGGUUAUCCUCAGCCUCUUCCUGGGAUUUUCUUCUUUUACGACUUCUCUCCAAUUAAGGUGACUUUCAGCGAAGAGAAUGUUUCAUUAUUACACUUUUUGACCAAUGUUUGCGCUAUAAUUGGAGGAAUUUUUACAGUUUCUGGGAUUAUCGAUGCUUUUGUGUUUCAUGGCCACCGCGCAAUUAAGAACAAGAUGGCAAUUGGGAUGUACGGGUAAAGUUAAGGGAGGAAGCUGACUGCCAGUUGGGAUUCUGGAGGUGGGGUUUGAUUGGAUGAUAAUGACAUACGGAUGGUAGGUGUGCGGUUGUUCCCCAUGGACAUUUGUUCACUUGCCCAGAGCCACCAAGAAAGGAUGUAACCUCUUGCCCCCUCCUUGGUCUUUAAAUGUAAAUUGGUGCAAAAGCAAAAAGGUGAACUUCAAAAAUCAAACAGCUAACGCAGCCAGUUAACAUCAUCAGUUGUUAGCUCUUGCCAGUGGGACAUAAAAUCAUAGCAUAUUCCAAUCUGCAUCCACCUGUGUUAUCAGUCGUUUCUAUUGAAAAUUUUAUUACAUUAGAACGAGAUCAUGAGAAGAUAAGUUGAUGCAUAAUUCUCACUUCGGCCCGCAUGAACCCCGAAUUUAUUGAUAUUUUAUUAGAUCCGAG